UCAUAAAUGUUGAUGGUUAUUGUGUUCUCGCAAUAUUUCACAAGCGAUACGUAAAUAUUAAAUAUCAUGGCGUUAAGUUAUAUAUCAGAAAGCGAAGCGCCUCGAGAUUUUCGAGUAUCAUCUACGGAGAGUGAUGCACACUAUACGAAAUGCUUGUUGUGUUACACGGUAAAGCGGAACUUCUAUUGCCCAGAUUGUAUCAAAACUGGAAACUUCGUUCAUUCCUCAAUGCCCUAUUCAGAGAGAUAUUCAGAGAAACAAGCAAAGUUACUUAGAUUAAAAGUAAAUAGAAAACAUGUGUUAGAGAGAUGUGAAAAGUUAUUGUCUCAUAAAAUAAAAAAGGAUAGACUAGUAACUGAAACGAAACAGUCACGGGAUAAACUAGACUUGCUGCGAUUGGCAAUAGAACAAAGACGAAACAAUAUAGAGGAGAAAAAAAAGGAACUUGUAAAUUUGAAACAGCACAACCAUGACUUAAAUUCAAAACUACCAAGAUACCAGAAACGAGUGUCUCUUCUAGGGAAGCAUGCCCAAGAUCAACGGUUAGAAUUACAGAAUAAGAUAAGUGCAUACAGCCAACAGGCAGACUUAUUGGCAGCAUUAAGAAGGUCUAGAAUAAGGCAGCUCACUAAAUAUAUAUUUCCGGUUUACAUUAGCUAUGACACAAGUGAAAGUAUAGAAGACAUGGAAUUUGUGGGAGAUGAUGAUGAGGAGCCACCUAAGAGGCCACAGCUUCACAUUGUCAAUUCAUGGAUAAGCACAGAUGGAGAUUUUAGUAACUUGCAGAGUUGGGGUGAGUCUGGCAUUAUAAUGAGAUUUUUUUUAGUAUCAUAUAUUUUUUUGAAUGACAUUGAUAGAAGUUAGAGCUUCUGAAUAAAGCCUAGAGGCUAAUUGCAAAAAGAAAGGGAAAGAUAUUUUUAUAACAAUUUAUAGGCAAACAGUAGAGAUCUUGCUUUAGAGCGCAUUUUUCUUACAUACAGUGCGUCUGUACAAUUAUAUAAAAAUAUUAUACUGACAUAUCAACGGUUAAGAAUCAACAGCUACUAUCUCAAAAAAUCAACUUUACUGGAGAUAUAAGACAUGUUAGGUUGCGUAAGAUAAUAAGUUGUUAGGAAUGUUUAAAUUGUUUAUAUUAAAAU